AAAUUCUUCUUACGAAUCUGUGCCCUAUGAUUUGCCCAUGAUCACAAACAAACAAAAACGAAUUUGUAUUCUCGUAAGGGGGUGCCAAACAAGGUGCCAAAGAAGAUUUGUCCGGUUACGUCUUUUGAGAUGCAGGGAGCCGUAUUUUUACAGUGAACGUAUUUAUGGUGUUUCGGAUUUGGGUCACGACCUUGUCUGUGUUAGUGAGAAAGACGAAUUCAUCAGCUACAAGCCUAAACUUUCUAAUCAAAAGUAAAUUAAAAAUGCCAUUUUAUGCUGUGAGAAGAGGAUUCCAGCCUGGAGUGUAUCUUACCUGGGAAGAGUGUCAAGCUCAGGUGAAUGGCUUCAAAGGGGCACAGUUUAAGAAGUUUGCCACACAGGAAGAGGCUGAGGCAUUCAAGAUGGGCGGCACCGGCCCCUGCUCAGUGCCCAACAACAAUCUUGGACGACCCAAGGGCUCGACCUCCAUCAACACCAAGAGGGCCACGUCGUUUGGAAAGGCUCCCUCAGCAUCGGUGACCGGCUCGGCGCGAGCGGCUCCGUACCAGAUAAAGCAGGAGCGAGCGGCGGGAGCGUCCUCAACGGACCUGGCGCCAGCAUCUGAAGCCUCGCUGGAUGACAAAAGAGUCAUAUUGACUGAUAUGGCCAAAUGUGUUGCCAGCCUCCGUAACGAAAUGGCUGAGCUGAAGAAGCAGAUGACUGCACACGUGGCUGGCAAGGCGGAUAGCUCAGCGUCCACUUCCAGUUCCGACCCGUCCGCCGCGCCGGACCAAUUCAUAGUGGACGCAGAGGGCUUCCUGAACGUGUGGACGGACGGCGCGUGCGGCUUCAACGGGCGGCACGGGGCGCGCGCCGGCGUCGGCGUGUGGUUCAACUCGGCGCACCCGCUGAACGUGUCGGCGCCCGUCGAGGGGCCGGCCACCAAUAACAAUGCCGAGAUCCAGGCGGCGUGGGUGGCGCUGGAGCUGGCCAGCGCCGCCGGACACAGGCGCGUGCUCAUCCACACCGACUCGCAGUUCGUCAUCAACUGCGCCACCAAGUGGAUGGCCAAGUGGCAGAAGAAUGGCUGGACGCUCGCCAGCGGAGGGCCCGUCAAGAACCGUACCCAGCUGGAGGCGCUGGCGCGAGCCAUGGAUAAUAUGGAUGUGAAGUGGAACCACGUUCUCGGCCACUGCGGUGUGAAGGGUAACGAGGGCGCCGACCAGCUGGCAGUGGCCGGCGCCACGCGCUACAACCCCCAGACGGCCACCGAAUGAUGUCAUUGCUGACGGAGGGACUACCAAUCCGGGUACUUCGGCAGCAGACAGCGACUGGUGACGUCAUCUGUGCUCCGGCGACCGUCCGAGGCAUGGACUGCUCACACCGUCACUAGUUCUAAAGUCGUCAGGAAGGGGUCGAGUGUUGUGUGUUGAGGGCCUCAGAAUGGUAUUUCUAUGAUGAACUGCUGUGACAAUAUCGCUUAAUUCAUUCCUGGACUUAAGGGUGACGCUUGGAGUGAGCGGCGUGCGACUGACACCUGCCUCCGCUUGAUAAUAUCGCUGUGCCAACUCGUAGAAACGACGUGGUUGACUGUCAUGAGAAGUACGUACCUGAUAGCGUUGCUACUGCCGGUGGCCAGUCUAUUUGCGUGAGUUCAGGGUGUUGCUGGAGACCGGAGAGUGACCAGCUGGUGCAUCGAUGAACUCGUAACGCUUACCUGGGCUUCCUUUAUCGCUGUCAGCUUGUUCGAGGUUAUGGGCAUUGGCGCAGCUGGAUACUGCAUUAGCCAACACCUUCAUACGCUAGGGUAUCGUUCGGGGUGACUGGCGAACCUUCGAGGGAUGGCUCUGAUAACUGUUACAAACCUACUCGGCCUCAGAAAGCAGGUUUUUUGGUGCAUUAUCCGUCAGCGAAAAGGGUGAUUGUUUGAUACUGGUGUUUUGACAGCGAACCCGAAGCUUAGGAGUGCACUGUAGCUAUACCUACGUUAUAGACUGGGAAUCGUCUGCUCGAGAAUCUCGGGCUUGUUUCGUUUUGUGAUGCGGUUUGUUGCUUAAGUCGUUCUUUUCACAACGAUACCUCUGUAAUAAAAUUGAAAAGACA